AAUAGAUGGAUCAACAGACCUCAUAUCACCAAUGGGCUGCGUGUGUGUGUGUGUGUGUGCAGAGUAAAAGCUCAGUUCACACACACACACAACCAACCCACAACCACAAAUUUUCUCACCAUCUGAUAAGAGGAAACAUCACCACCUCCCUCCCUAUCCACCACUGCCAGCUUCUCCAGACACCAUCAACAACGUCUUUUUUCCACAUCUCGUCAGAUCCUUGGACUCUCUCUCACCUGCUGUCACUCUCUCUUGUGGUUCUUUUUCUUUACUUUUGGUUUGGCGAAGCUUUCAUUCCUCUCUGUCCCGUCAUGUCUUCUCUUUUGAGAGAGGAAAUGCAGAGAGUAUUAUUCCGACCAGCAAAACACAGACUGGCGGAGUUUAUUGAGAUCGAAGAAGCAUCACCUGGGAGGCAUUUUCUCUGUGUCUCAGUUGGACCAAAGAAAGCGGUGCAGUUAAGCAUAGUGCAAUGUCAGGUGUUUGUCACGUCCCACAAGUCUGGGUCCAAGAGAUCGCACACCAAACGCUCCAACAUCCAGGACUGCUACAAGAGGACAGAGAUCUGGGCUCUGGAAGACUUGACCCUUGUUGACGGACGGGAUCCUGAUGUGGAUGACCCCUGUUUUCUGCUGCACUUUGAAAAGGUGCGUUCAGUGACGGCCGUCAGCUGCUCGGCCAAAUACACCAUGGUGCGUGCCCUGGUUGCCCUCAGUGACCGAUUCUGCCAUCAAUCACUGAAUCUUCUGAACUUUGACCACGCUUACAUCAACCCUACCACCUACUACUCCAACAGAGGAGACUGUGUUGUUCUGUCACAGAUUUGCUUCUACGCCUUCAAUCUGGUGUGUCUGUCCUUGUGUCCUGUACCCAUAGAAGUGUAACAUCAGUGUUGUGUGUGUGUGUGUUUGUGUCUUGAAUGUUUGUGUGUAUCGUUUCUUGAGCUGUAGCUAAUGUACUGUAUAUGAUUUGAGUCAAUAGCAGGUGUGGAGUUGGCUUCAGUGGGACUUUAAUAAAGUAUUAUCGAUCUUUUACGUUGAUGUUCUAAGUGUAUGUCUAUGACUAAUACAAGUUUCAAACAGAUA